AUGUCGUUCCCGCCGAUUUCACUGGCGGUUUACUUCCCAGUAAAGCUGGGGCCGGAUGCGGAGCUGGCCUCACAACCAGAGAUUAAACCCUCUGCAAUGGAACAAAAAGAGCUCCCUAACCCCAAUGGCCAUGCCCACUCUUGGGCGGCCCUACCAGAAUUCAAGCCGGCCGCCGGCUUCUUGCCCUAUGCCCAACCAUCAUCAUCUUGCACCCCGAGGGCAAAACAGGAAACCCAACCCGAAACCUGGGACACCAACACCACCAAGACCUUCCCCUGCGACGGCGACGACGAAGAAGAAGACCAAUACUGGGAGGAGGGCCCAGAAAACGAAGACGACGACGACCACGAGGACGAGGACGCAGACAGCAGCGACCAAGACGCGUCGGGCCUGUCGUCGUUGUCGCAGGGGCAGGGGCAGGGGCCGUCGACGUCGUCGCAGCACGUGUGGCUGAGCGACGAGGAGCGGGUGCGCGUCGCCUUCAAGCGCGCCCGCACCAGCGCCGAGAAGGUCGACCUCGACCGCUCGCCCUUCUUUCCCCGGACGGUGGCCGAGUACGCGGGCCUCAAGGCGGGGAUGCUCGAGGCGAGGGCUGCGCGGCUGCGGGCCAAGGUGCGCGAGAGGGAGAGGGCGCUGCUACGGGCGAGGGAAGGGGGUGCCUGGAGGAGGGUGUUUCUGGUAGGGAGGUCGGGGAGGGCCGAGGAGAGGGUUGUUCCCGUUUAUUAUGGGCGCGCCGAGGAGGGUAGCCCUGCUGCUCCGUGUGCGGUUGGGGGUUCCUCGAUGGGGGCGGAUGUGGCGAGCACGGCGAGUGUUGCCCAAGGGGAAGCGGUCUCAAACACUAACCUGGAGAGCCACUGGGGUGGACCUGUUGCAAACACCCUCAGCACGCCUGGUAACUGGGUUCAACCCCUCCUUUACUCUGCGCUCCCAGUCACGUUUGACUGGAUCAACUUCCAGUUCAUUCCCCACGAAUACACCCCGUCCCAGGCACAUCAGGGCAUCGAGCCUCUUUCCCAUGCUGGCCAGGAUUGGUCCUAUUCGCAAGUCAACGCCGUCGUCGACCACCCCACGGGCUCGGUACUACCUCCUUGUUACGCGGCUGGGCACCAACGCGCCUCUUCGGCCGCCAUAUUGAGAGAGGUUGCCGCACAUGCUGCCUUCCGCCAUGGUAGCGUCGAUGGAAAUACACAAAUAACCACCAAUGGCGCCCACCAUGGGCAUAACUUGCUUGAUGACGAGGAUUACGAUUCCGAUUCCUCCUUCACCCCGAGCGAUUAUCGACCUCAGCAUGGCAUGAGUAAGGGCAAGCCAAAGGCUCCAUACAAGACAUGGUGCGGUCACAAUGUGGCCAGCAAUUUCUUCACCCCAAUCAACUUUACGGAUGAUCCGACCAUAGCGGCAGAAGCUGAGAAUAGGGCCACGGACAGGGACGAGGGACACGUCGUGCUUGACCAGAACGGGCAUAACAAAAGGGAACAGAUUAAUUGCGAGGAUGACACGGGUCUCGACAAGUUAGAGCUGGACGGGGCGCCCGCCGGUAAGGGGGAAGCCAAUGGCAAGGGUAAGGAAGAGGGAUACGCAAAGGGCAUCCAACUCAACGUCCAGAACGAGGACACGCACGUCCGGAUGGAGGAAGGAGACAAUGGGCCUGAUAUCGAGGAAUCCAGCGCUCAACCCCCCGGCCUCACAGUAGAAGACAAUCGCCGACGUAAGGUGCCAAACCCUCACGCCCAGGUUUUCACCCCCUCCGCAGCGAGCACUUUCACGCCGAGCGAUUACAAUCCAUGCAAGUUCAACCAGCACACACCAAGCCCCGGCAACAUCCCAAUGAACCCCCCACCACCGCCCGCAGCGCCGCAGCUCGCAACCGCACCGCUCAGCCACCGCGACGGCCUCUCCCCCUUCUUCUCCCACCCGGCCAACCCCUUCACCCCCACCGCCCCGGGCUUGCCCGCACCAGAUUCCGACUGCGACUGGCCCACGGUGGCCGAACUGACCAGCGAAGGCGAGGGCCGCAUCAAGCGCUGGGACACCAACUCCAACCCCAACACCAACACAACCACCCCGCGGUCCUCCUUCUCCCACCCCACCCCCACAGACCCCAACAACAACACAGACCACCUAGACACCACCACAUCCCUCCCAAACCCCAGCCUCGGCCGCUUCCUCCCGCUCCCGCGCCUCCGCAACACCAUCGACCCACGCCUGGACUUCACCCCCACCGCCAACAACAACAACCCCAACAACCCACCAAACGAAGCAGACGCGGACGCCACACCGUCGCCACUGCCGUGGGAAGUGCGCGCGAUGGCGGGCGAGCGGCGGUGGGAUUUGCACGGGGCGCGGCGGCUGUGGGAGUAA